AAUGCUAAUACUACUGCGAAACAAUUGAUCAUCGAUUCAUCAUUAAUCGAGGGUUUAUGGCCAAAAAGCGCCAUUGAAGAUCAAAUCAAGCUCUAAUUGAUUCGAUCACUCAAUAUGGCGACUUUCGCCAAACCCGAAAAUGCUUUGAAGAGAGCUGAAGAGUUGAUUAAUGUUGGACAGAAGCAGGAUGCAUUACAAGCACUUCAUGGGAUUAUAACCUCAAAGAGGUAUAGAGCAUGGCAAAAGACACUUGAGAGAAUCAUGUUCAAGUAUGUAGAGCUAUGUGUUGACAUGAGAAGAGGAAGAUUUGCUAAAGAUGGUUUGAUUCAAUAUCGUAUAAUUUGUCAACAAGUUAACAUAAGUUCGUUGGAGGAAGUGAUCAAACAUUUUAUGCAUUUGGCCACUGAGAAGGCUGAACUUGCACGUAGCCACGCACAAGCGUUGGAAGAAGCUCUUGAUUUUGAUGAUCUAGAAGCAGAUAGAAGGCCUGAAGAUCUGAUGUUGAGUUAUGUUAGUGGGGAGAAAGGGAAAGACAGAUCUGAUCGUGAGCUUGUCACCCCAUGGUUUAAAUUAUUGUGGGAGACAUACCGAACUGUGCUGGAAAUCUUAAGGAACAACUCAAAAUUGGAGGCUCUCUAUGCGAUGACUGCACAUCGAGCUUUCCAGUUCUGCAAGCAAUAUAAACGGACAACAGAGUUUCGGAGGCUUUGUGAAAUAAUUAGGAAUCAUCUUGCAAAUCAUAACAGAUACCGCGAUCAGAGGGAUCGGCCUGAUCUCUCUGCUCCAGAAAGUUUGCAAUUGUAUCUUGACACUAGAUUUGAGCAGUUGAAGGUUGCAACUGAACUUCAGCUUUGGCAGGAAGCUUUCCGAUCUGUUGAAGAUAUAUAUGGGUUGAUGUGUAUGGUCAAGAAAACUCCAAAGGCAUCUUUUUUGGUUAUAUAUUACGCCAAGUUAACCAAAAUAUUUUGGAUCUCCUCCAGCCAUAUUUAUCAUGCAUUUUCAUGGCUGAAGCUAUUUGCACUUCAGAAGGGUUUCAACAAGAAUUUAAGCCAGAAGGACCUGCAGUUGAUAGCUUCAUCUGUUGUUCUUGCUGCACUUUCAGUUACUCCUUAUGAUCGUUCACACGGUGCAUCUCAUAUGGAACUCGAGAACCAAAAGGAAAGGAACCUAAGGGUGGCUAAUCUUAUCGGAUUUAUUGUUGAUCCUAGAUCUGAGAGCAGAGAAGUGCUUUCACGCUCAUCACUUCUCUCAAAAUUGGUUUCGAAGGGUGUAAUGUCAUGUGUAACCCAGGAAGUAAGAGAUCUCUACCAUAUUUUGGAGCAUGAGUUCUCCCCACUGGAUCUUUCAUCAAAAGUACAACCAUUGCUCAUGAAAAUAUCAAAGCUCGGGGGUAAGCUUUCUUCAGCUUCUUCUGUCCCAGAAAUUCAGUUAUCUGAAUAUAUUCCUUCACUGGAAAAACUUGCCACACUGAGAUUGCUACAACAGGUAUCCCGUGUGUAUCAGAUAAUGAAGAUAGAAACUCUAUCAGGGAUGAUACCUUUCUUCGAUUUCUCUGCUGUAGAAAAAAUUUCUGUCGAUGCUGUCAAACACAAUUUUAUAUCAAUGAAAGUUGACCACAGGAAAGGCGCUGUUUUCUUUAGCAGUCAGGGUUGCGAAUCUGAAGGGCUACGUGAUCAUCUAAGCGUUUUUGCAGAAUCUCUUAGUAAGGCAAGAUCCAUGGUUUUUUCUCCCCAAAAAAAAGCAUUGAGACCUGGGGAGACACUAAUGAGUUUGACGGAGAUUGUGGAUAAGGAGCAUAAAAGACUGCUUGCCCGCAAGUCUAUAAUUGAAAAACGCAAAGAAGAACAAGAACGCCAGCUUUUGGAGAUGGAGCGAGAGGAAGAGUCGAGGAGACUUAAACAACAGAAGAUUACCGAGGAGGCAGAGAGACAACGACUUGCUGCUGAGUAUGCGCAGAGGAGAAACCAAAGGAUCCUUAAAGAAAUUGAGGAGCGAGAACUUGAAGAAGCACAACAGUUGUUAAAAGAAGCUGGAAAGCGUGGUAAAAGGAAGGGCAAGAAGCCCGUCAUUGAGGGGGAGAAAAUAACUAAGCAAACAUUAAUGGAAAUGGCGUUAAAUGAACAACUAAAGGAAAGACAAGAAAUGGAGAAAAAAUUACAGAAACUUGCCAAAACAAUGGAUCAUCUCGAAAGAGCUAAAAGAGAAGAGGCAGCUCCUCUAGUUGAAGCAGCAUUCCAACGACGUUUAGUUGAAGAGAAGGCUCUGCACGAACGUUUUCAGCAGCUAGAGAUUGAGCAAAGCCGGUUACGUCAUGCUGGAGAUCUCGAGAAGAAAAGGAGGCUGAGCAGAAUGAUGAAAGACAAGGAAAUAUUCCAACAAAGAGUUUUUAGUAAGAGAGAAGCCGAGUUCAACAAAUUGAAGAAGGAAAGAGAGGAGCGAAUCAACCAAAUAUAUCAUUCUAGAAAACUAGAGCGGGAAAGUAGGAGGAAAAUGAUAUGCUAUUUGAAACUUGAGGAAGAAAGGCAGAAAAAGUUACAUGUCGAGGAGGAAGCCCAUCAACGCGAAGAGGCCGAGAGGCGGAAGAAGGAAGAAGCCGAGCGUAGGGCGAAGCUAGACGAGAUCGCCCAGAAGCAAAGGCAACGCGAAAGAGAACUUGAAGAAAAAGAACGUCAACGAAGAGAAGAAGUCUUGAGGGGAACACCUUCUAUGCCCGUAAGGCCUUCCGAGGCUGCUCGCCCAACUAAACCAAUGCCCGUUGCAGCUAAUGCUACAACGACGCCUGGCAAAUACGUGCCCAGACACCUUCGGGAGAGGAUGGCUGGUGGUGGUGCACAGGCCCCACCACCUUCCGAGCCCGAUAGGUGGGGCCGCCAGGAUGACCGGCCUAGUGACAGGUGGCGACAAUCGGCGUUUGGCAGCGGAGCACCAUCAAGAUCUAAUUGGUCAACAUCCAGACGUGGUGAACGUUGA